AUGUUCCUCCUUAUGAUCCUCCUCAAAUUCAUCAUCACAUACAACAUCCCUGUGCAGUCCUCAAUCAGGGACGUGUUUGUGCUUUCUGUGCUUGGUAUUUCAAGCAUGAAUGUGAAGCCUGCAAAAAGAUGCAGUCAGCAAGUGAUGGGGGAGGGAAAGCAAACCUGGUGUGCAUGGAGCAGGAAAACCUCAGGAAAAGGAGGGCAGGCACAGAAGGGGGGAAAAUGGAUUUAUUGGUAUUACACUAAGUACACUAUCAAGGAGAGCAUGAUUGCAGACCUCCAGAGCGAAGUUACCAGAGCUGUGAUGGAGGUAACACCUGGAUCCACUGGUCUUACUGUAUGA